CCCAGGUUGCCCCUGAAUAGUAGAGUGUACUGCAAGUACAAUAAUAUGUUUGUAAACAACUUUCUGUAGUUAGUCGAUGGAAAGAUUCCUUCUUAGAAUGAGGUGUUGGGUUCUAAACAGUCUGUUUCUUCUUUUGAUUCUAGCCUUAGCUACACCUCAACAAACAUAUGGAAACGAGAAAAAAAGGAAGUCCUGCGCCAUCUAUCCGUCCUCAACCGAACUACCCCUCUCCACCUGACCGCCAGCAAUAUCCUCCCAUGGGUCUAAACCCGUCCUCUGCUUGGUACUCGGCAAGAGAAGAGUCCUCUCCGUCCUACCAACUAGAGUAUAAGGCACCGGAGUCUAAAUAUACAGCUCCGGAACCAGGGUAUACCCGUACCGAGACACCAUACCUGAGAAAAUCUGACAACCCUACUGAAGGAGGAAAGCCCUACUCUACUGUAAACAAGUUGAACCAGGGUAAGCUUGAUAAUAAAGCGAAGAAGCUUCUACCAGUAUUGGCCAAGCUACAAGCUAAAUACUUAACAUUAAAUGGUGAAGAACAAGACAAGUUGGUUGAGAAGGCUGAUAUCUACAGAGAAAAGUUUCAGGAAGUCAUUGGGAAUAUAGAUGAGAAGACUGCUGAAGAAUAUGGACUGGAUCUCAAUUUGAUAAUGAAGAUUCUUGGAGUUGAGAAUAACUAUGAAGAAGAAAUCGAAGAGGAGUCUUAUGAAGAUUUGUUUGCGCAACUAGUAGCUGAAACUUAUCAUACUGAAGACUUACCAGAGCCCCCUGUUCAUCCUACCCCUGUACAAUACCCCAAUAAGGGAGUUCAUAAGAACCCAAUGUAUGGUGAAAAUGUUCGAAACUACUACUCGUCUCUGGACAAUCGGUUUGUUCACAUUAAUAACGAAGAUGAGGAUUACAAGUUUAAUAGGUUAUUCAUGUUUCAGGCCUUUGCUUUUCAACUGCAAGGUCUUGCUGAGCAGUAUAAGUCAAGUCCACCUAGUCCCUACGGACCAUCAUUGAAAUAUAUCUCAGGCCCGCCUAGUCCCUAUGGACCAUCAUUGGAAUAUAUCUCUAGCUCUGAGAAAGAGAACUUCAAAUUGAAUCCCCAUGGUAUCCAAUAUGACAGUAUCUUUGAUAAAGAAAACUUUAAACUUGAAAGCGCUGCUCCUGAUGGUAUUCAGUACCACUCCUCCUCGGAUAAAAUGGCGUUAAAUCUAUUAAAUCCUAAUGUUCCCAGACAUGAUCAAGUGUAUAAAAGCAAAGUUCCUCCCACUUAUCAUGAACGCACGUCAAGGAUGGAUGAAGGGCCACCAAACUAUGAAGUUCCUGAAUACUACAACAUUAAUCCAGGACUUCCUAGACCUUUUCCAGUUGACCCCACUUCACCAAGAACUCAUCUCAGACAUGUGGAACAGUAUCCAGUGGGCCCUAGAUAUCCUAAUAAACCUUAUCCAGUGGACCCCAGACACCCAGAACAGUAUCCAGUUGAACCCAGAUACCCGGAACUGUACCCAGUGGAUCCUAGACACCGGGAACAGUAUCCAGUGUUUGCCAGAUUCCCUGAACAGUAUCCACUGGAUCCCAGACACCAAGAGCCCUAUCGAGUGGACCCAAGCCACCAGGAACAGUAUCCAGUGAACCCCUUGUAUCAGGAACGUUUUCCAACUAAGACCCCAUAUGAUGCUUCAUACUUUUAUGAUCCCUUUGAUGGAUUGCGGAAGCCAACUGACUAUGAGAAGCAACCAGCUGAACCUAUCAAGUUUCCUCCUGUUAGACCAAAUGAAAAUGAGCCCUACACACCGCUCAUCAAUGAACGCCCCCCUGGCCCCAUUUCACCUCAAUUUAACCAUCUAGCAAAUAGAUAUCUGGACUCAGAGGAGUAUGAAGAUGGAUACCCAAAACCACAGGCCUAUAUAAGACCACCCAGCUACCCUACCCCACCAAGCUAUCCUACCCCACCAAGCAGCUAUCUUACUCCACCCAAGCUAUCCUACCCGACCCAGCUACCCUACCCCAACCAGCUAUCCUACCCCACUGAGCUAUCGUACCCCACCCAGCUAUCCUACCCCACCAAGCUAUCCUAUCACACCCAGCUAUCCUACUCCACCCAGCUAUCCUACCCCACCAAGCUAUCCUAUCACGACUAGGUACCCUACAACUACAAGUAACUCUACUCCUUCAAGUUAUACUAAAGGUCCUGCUACCAGACCCCUGCUACCAAUCGCUAACAGUAGGCAAGAAAAUCCUGAGAAAAUGAUUGUACCUGAUUUCACAGAGGACCAGUUGAACCGAUUCAAGACCUAUAUGUCUAUAAAAGCUAAAAUGCCUGUCGACUCUAAGGCAAGUCCUGGUCCUUCACCUCAGGAGGUCAACGCUAAAAUUAGGAAAGAUGGGCAUUACAAGGAGCCGUAGGAGCAUUUCUGCAGACCGUUUGAAGCUAUGAAUGAGUUUUUACAAAUGCUAUGUAUGUUUAAGAAAUAAAUAUUUUCCUCUUAUUGAA